GCUCAGAGGAGGCCAUGCUGCAACUGUCUUUGGUUGUCCCUAAUCCAGGUUCAUCCAACACCAACUACCUCCACCAUGCUGCCUAAGUUCAACCCCAAUGAGGUCAAAGUCAUAUACCUGAGGUGCACCGGUGGUGAAGUUGGUGUCACGUCUGCCCUGGCCCCAAAAAUCAGCCCGCAGGCUCUGUCUCCAAAAAAUGUUGGUGAUGACAUCGCCAAGGUAACAGGUGAUUGAAAGGGUUUGAGGUCGGUGAAACCGACCAUUCAGAACAGGCAGGCCCAGAUAGAAAUGGCACCUUCUGUCUCUGCCCUGAUUAUCGAAGCCCUCAAGGAACCGCCAAGAGACAGAAAGAAGCAGAAAAACAUUAAGCACAGUAGAAAUAUCACUUUUGAUGAGAUCGUCAAUGUUGCCCAACAGAUGUGGCACUGAUCCAGAGAACUCUCUGGAACCAUUAAAGAGAUUUUCGGGACCGCCCAGUCUGUGGGCUGCAAUGUUGAUGGCCGCCACCCUCAUGACAUCAAUAGUGAUGCAGUGGAAUGCUCAGCCAGGUACCAGGGCCGGGCCACAAGAACACUUGCAGCUUGCACUUUUGGGUCCUUGGAAUGCAGCCCCGAAAGCGUGCUCUCGGGAGCUGGCCCCGCCUACUGGAGGCUGAGAGGCAAUGCGGGUGGUCCAAGCCCGCCAGCCCACAGCCAGGCCCACCUGCCCGCGCGGAUAAAGCCACCGAAAAUAACCCUAUCCAACCGGACAGAGAAGCCAAAGCAUGUAGGGAAGCAGCAGCAACAACGAGACAAAACAAAACAACGCAAACCAGAAACCAAAAUACCACCUCUGCUCACCACCACCCUGCACAGGCUCUGCCCACCGCCGUCCUGCAAAACGUACAGGCUCCCCUCCCAGAUCCACGUGGGACUGGCUCCUUUGUACUCGAGGGACUGA